AUGGAGAUUAUAGAAAAUUCUACCCUACUUCAAUAAUAAGCAAGUGACACUCAGUCUAAUGAUAUAAAAGAUGGCAAGGCACAAAAUGAAGAUUAAAAAUAGUAGAUAGAAUAGCCAGAUUUCCCUUCAGAGCAAUUACCAAAACUUAUUAUCAGAAAUAUCUCUAGAAAUGUCUAAGAAUGCCAUUUAAAAGAAAUGUUUGAAGUAUAUUCUAAAGUCAAAUCAGUUGAAAUACCAAGAGAUCCGAGAUUUAGAACUAAGUUAGAAUAUGCAAUAGUAGAAUUUGAUGAUAUUAAAGAAGCAGAAACUGCAUACAUACGCUAUGAUGGAGCUUAAUUAGAUGGUAAAGUGCUAUAAUGCAAAUUUCAACCAAUUAAAAGACCCCGCUUGGUUAAGGAACAAUCUCCAAAAAGAAGAGUAUCAGAAGAUAGAAAAGAAUCGAAACAAGAUGAUAAAAUAUAAAAUAAAUCAAGCGAGAAAAAUGAAAGCUAAGUAAAUGAUAGAAUAUAAAGUAAAAGGAGAAGUUAGAGUAAGGAUAGGAAAAUCAAUUAAGGUAAAGCAAAUGGUGAAAGUCGCAAGAGAUCAAGAAGUAGGAAAGAUGAUAGGUCACCUGUAAGAAAAGGUAGAUCUAGAGGUAGAGAUGAUAGUAAAUCAAGAAGAUAUAGCAAAAGUAGAAUUGAUAAUAGAAAGGGAAAUAAUGAUUUUAGGAGCAGAAGAGAUAAUGGAGGAAAUAGAUAUAGAAACUAAAAUAGAUAUAAUGAUAGAAAGAAUGGAAAUAGAUUUGAUAGAAAGAGAUCCCAUAGUAGAAAAAGAAGAUAUUCUUCAUCAUCAAGUCGUAGCAGACGAAGAAGCAGAAGCAAUUCUUAUUCGUCUUCAUCAAGAUCAUCUAGUUCGUCUAGAUCUUCUUCUUCAAGAUCAUCAUACAGUUCAUCUUCAAGAUCAUCUAAGUCCAGAUCUAGAUCUCCUUUAUCAAAAAGCAGAUCACCUCUUACAUAAAAGAAAUGA